AUGCAAACACAGAUGCUGGAAUCCGUAGUUUUGGGCAGCAGGAAGAGACUGGCAUUCGAGGUGUGCGAAGACCCCGUAACAGUUAAGCGGUUCCAGGGCCUGGUGACGCCGCCGGGGUCGCCCGUCAAGAAGUGCAAAACAAAGGAGGUGAGCACGCUAGGGUCGCCUAUUCGGCUCCAUUUUGGCGCGUCCUCUGUCUACUCGCGCACCAAGGCAGCCCUGCAGCGGUGCGCCGACGUGUCCCAGCAGGGAACGGUCAAUCUCGGGGCAUGUCUGCCUACGAGGGGCGAGCAGUACGACCGCAUCAUGGCGUUCUUGAACUCCGUGGUCGGCUCGGGCCAUGGCGACUCGCUGUACAUAACUGGGCCUCCGGGGACUGGGAAAACUGCACAGUUGGAUCUCGUGGUAAGGGAAAAGUUCCAAACGCUUGUGUUGGAGGCGCCGCAGCUGCAACAAGACUACGCCUUGCGCAAUACCUCAUUCUUUACCACGAAGAGCGGCCACCACGAGUCUGUCGCCAUAGUAUCCAUCAACUGCAUCGCCGUCAACAGCGCGGAGUCUAUCUUCGCCAAAAUUUACCACUCGUGCUCCGGCGACUCAGCACGCACUAAGGUUCGCAAUGCAGAUGAUUUGCAGAAGUUCAUGCAGGCACACCCACAAACCACCUUCAUCGUGAUCCUCGACGAAAUGGACAAACUAGUCACGUCUACGCUCCAAGACGCGAAUGCAACCAAGCACAUUUUUGACCUGUUUCUAAUGGCUAAGCUGCCUCACUUGAAAUUCGUGCUUAUAGGCAUCGCAAACAGCCUGGAUAUGAAGGACAGAUUCCUCUCCAGACUGAAUCUGAAGCACGAGCUCAUGCCUCAGACUGUCACGUUUACGCCCUACACUGCGGAGCAGAUGUUCGAAAUCGUGAUGCAAAAAUUGAAGUCUUUAGACUUUGAUCCCAUCAUCCAGCCCAUUGCCAUCAGGUUUGCCGCUAAGAAGUGUUCAGGUAACACUGGCGAUCUUCGGAAGGUUUUUGACAUCCUCAGAUCUAGCAUAGAAGUUUUGGAGCUUGAUAGCAUAAAAAACAGACACACCCUCAACGAAACUACUGCAAAAGUCACUCUAGCCCAUGUUGCCAAAGUGUUUUCUACCCUGCAUAAUAACUUCUCCACUAAGUCUCGCAUAUCCAAACUCAACAUGCAACAGAGAUUGGUCUUAUGCUCGCUUGUGCAUCGCGAGCGCUCAGACGUUUUUCAAACUCAGACUUCCCUAGACGAAGCAUACGACUACUACUCGAAACUGCUCAAUCGCAAGGACAGCAUUUCUCCGCUCAAGCGCGACGAGUUUUUCGAAAUUUGCAAUGCUUUGGAGACUUGUGGCGUUGUCAACAUUGUACAAGGUAAAUCUUCAGGGAAAACCAAGCACAUCGUGAAAUUUAUCAAGGCAAAUGUUGACAAGAAGGAGUUUGAAGACGAAAUAAGCAAACUAGCAUCACUCAAAACUUAUUUAUGA